AUGGCACCGUUGGUGAAGCGGCUAUUCUGCACUAGUGGGCCACGAGCGAUGAUGACUCCUUGGCGCUGCUUCGUGCGAAGCGCAUUCGUUUCAGUGGCUUUUUCCCUUUUGGUUAUCACCGUGUCAGCCAAGUCAGAGGGAAGAAGUUCGGGUGAUACCGAGACUAAUCUAACGUCACAAGGUACGGCGUAUCUUGAUCCACAUUCUGUUGCCGGCCACCGUCCGGUGGAUUCCUCUGCUGCAACGCGAGAACAGGCUGCGCGGCCUUGGAACGACUCAUCAGGAUUGAGCAGCCCUUUGCCGUUUACUGGCAAUCUAGGCUCGCAUGGAGGAAGCCGUUCGAAGGGACACGAGGACGAAGAAGCUCCACGGCUCGUGCAUCAGCUUGAGAGCCCGCGCGUUGCUGGUACACCAACCACGGAUAAACAACUACGGUUGGACGUUACUAAGAGCGGUGAACAUUUGGGUGUCGGCACUCGUUUCGUACCUUCCGUUGGUUACCCGUUGCCUCUGGAGGAAGGGAAGUUCGAACAAGGAAAGCUGGAUGACGCCCCGCUUGAGCCGAGCCACCGGGGUCCCGUCGAUGAAAGACACUCACGGCAGCUCCCUGGGAAUGCCGUUGGAGCGCAAGUCGCGAGGCAGUCGUCAGCCGAAUUGCAUUCUCUGUCCAGUAGCAGUCCGUCGUCAGACACUCGGGUCGGCGAAAACAAAGGAAGCGAGUUUUCAACAGACACCGUGAAGUCUUCCCCUGCUACGGCUGUGCCGGUAGCGACCGGAUUAGCGACGGUGAAGCGGCGUGCGGGAGGCGGGGGUUUCUCAACAACCGCGCUGCUGGCAAGGAGAACACUGGAAGAGGUGGGAGGUCUGGGCAGGGGCAUUGGCUUAUAUCUCUAUGGGAUCGUUUUUAGGGGGAACCUGCUUAUGCAAAAACAUGUGCUGGAUAAGAUCAAAGGAAAUCUCAGCGUUCUAGAGUUCGUCGAGCAAUGCCAGCCUCAAUUCGCGUCGUCUCAUCGAGCGCUACUAGAUGAACUCUAUGUGUGGCAAGAUACUUUGCAGAGGGUCACGCAACGCGAGCAGGCGCUGGUUCUUCAGCAUCAGGCACAGAAAACUGCCCGUCAGAGAUGGGCACGCGCGCAGGCCAAGGAAGUCUCCGGGGCGCAGCCGUCCGCAGGCCCAGAGCUGGGUUCACAAGCACCGCCUGAAAGGACACAUAUAACUGAAAACGUCUUACCAGAAACCGCCGCACACGCUGGUGAGCAGGAACCGUUGGAAGAACCGCGAAACGAGAACAUGACAAAUUCACGGGGACCGGGGAUCCCUGGCUCCAGUACGCUUGGCGCGGGGCGUAGACCGGCGUUAGUCCCACCAGAUGCAGGAGAACAGUUCAAUGCUCCUGAGGUUCAACCCUCGUCCACGACUUCCCUGACGCAGCCUGGUGAAGACGGAAGAGAUAGAGAAUCCACAUUCCCUCGAGGAAAGGCAAAAGAGGAACCAAGGCGUACGCCUUCUUUCCGAGGCGCGCUGGUGUCCUCUGUUCCAUCUCCUGCUACGAGACAUCAGGAGUCUGAAGGAGUCUUAGAUGCUGCGGGACCAGAAAAGUCCGAAGUCGUACCCGCUUCACAUUUCAGUGUGGUAGGACCCGAUUUGGCGGGAAUGCAUCCGGAGACUGAGAAGAUGUCUUCUGAUAUGGACUUUGAGGUGGCAGAUGUAGCUUUGUUCGAACCGGCUUCUGACGGACCAGAAGCGGUUCGUCACGACUCUGAAUUUCAGGACGGCACACUGGGUUUGCCUGCGUUGGCUGAUGAGAGAGUCGCGGGACCGCUUACCCCUCCCAGCGUGCAGGGAUCCGCAGGCGUCCCGCCGAAUCCGGCUCUCGACAAAAACGACGACAAUGUCUCAGCUGAUACCCCGGCGAACCGCCUACACACAAACUCGGUGACUGUUGGUCAACAUGACGUAAGCACCCUAGAAGGAAAAGGGACAGGGUCGUCCACAGACGGUCUUGUGUCCCCGACGGCGGAGCAAAGCGAGAAGUUGGUACUGGCUGCAUUGGGGGCGACGAGCGGUGAUAGUACCGCCUCCUGGCCAGCAGGUUCGGCGGAUGGAGCCCCUACCAACGAAGCUGUGGCUCAGCAGACUGCGACCGACAUACAGGAGGCAUCGCACAGGAGUCCGGGACAGUCGGGUCCCGCGCAGCUGCCCACAUCGGAAUGGAACGACAUUGAGCCUGGCCUAGGGCAGGCCAUGCAUGGGCAGCAGAGUUCAGAGUUUCAGUCGCUGGACGAUGAAGUGGAUACGUUGGAUCUUUAUUUGUCCUUGCUUCAAAGUACGUUCUUCAAGUGCGGGGCGCUUCUAUCUCGAGCACUUCUGGCGGACGAUAGUAAGGAACUGACCUGGUUCUACCAACAGGUUCUGCCCAAUGAGAUGUACCUGGCCCGCAUCUCGGUUGCGCUGCUGACCAGUCAGUACCGUCGUGGCGUGCGGACAGCUGCCUCGACCGAACGCCAACUUCAAAAGGUCCGGUCAAUGAUGUUUCAUGUUCUCGUUGUCGACGAAGCUUUUCUUAAUGCAAUUUAUGCAAAGGAUGAGCCCGCCGUGUCAGAUCGCCUUAAGGAAUCCGAGCCUGAUGAAUACCGGAAGCCGAAUGCACGCACCAAAACUCAAAAAACAAAGAAAGACAAAGGCCGAAUCGAGGGAACGCGGGUGGGCGCCGUCAUUGAAUUUGCCAAGGCACACCUUGGGAAGCCAUGGGUCGUCGGAAUUCUGACGUUUGCCUCUUUGGUCGGGCUCGACCAUUAUGGCUAUAGAAGGUACUACUAUUAG